AUACCUUAAGUGUUAGUUCGUAAACAUGUGUAAUUCAUUCUUCGAAACACUUUACAUUUCCGAGUGAAACAUUUACUAACACGUUGAAUAGAAACGGACUUCGAUAAAAUUGACAAAUAUCUAUCCAAUGCUAGAUUCGAUGCCUAUGUGUGAAUUUAAAGUUGAGCCUAAACUUGAAAAUAAGAUUUUGGAUUUAGACAAUUCCACUGAAAUGAAAUCUAACCAGGUUAACUUGACCCAUCUUUUAAAUGCCGUGGAUAGUGAAAUGACCAUCGGGAGUGAGAAAGGAGACCCAACAGAAAGACAGUUAAAUGUGAAACUUGAAGAGAAGGAACUAUGGAGCAAAUUCAAAGAAUAUACAAACGAAAUGAUAGUGACAAAAAAUGGAAGGCGAAUGUUCCCCGUGUUCAAAGUUAAUAUAUCUGGACUAGACCCUAACGCCAUGUACACAGUCUUACUGGAUUUUGCACAAGUAGAUACUCACAGAUGGAAGUACAUCAAUGGGGACUGGGUAGCUGGGGGUAAGGCAGAACCUGCCGCACCUAACUGUGUCUAUAUACAUCCCGAUUCCCCUAACUUUGGAGCCCAUUGGAUGAAGGAACCAGUCUCAUUCAGCAAAGUGAAACUGACAAACAAAUUAAACGGAGGCGGACAGAUAAUGUUGAAUUCCUUACACAAGUACGAACCAAGACUUCACAUAGUAAAAGUUACAAACAAUCAGAAAAAGAAGAUCAGUAGCUUUAACUUCCCGGAGACACAGUUUAUCGCCGUCACUGCCUACCAAAAUGAAGAGAUUACAGCACUCAAAAUUAAGCAUAACCCGUUUGCCAAAGCUUUUCUGGACGCUAAAGAAAGACCUGAUCAGAAAGAUUUUGUAGACGAUGUUAUAGACGGUCAACGAUCUCUGUCUCACUUAGCUGGAGCUUGGUAUCUACCUCCAGGAGGACAUGGUUUGGUUCCACCUCCCGCUCACCAAUUCACUAAUGCCCUAAACUUGUCCAACACACACUGUGACAGACUUAGUCUGAGGAACACACGAACAUACCAUCCUUACCAAAGACGAUCUCCACCUCAUGCCUUUUCUAGAGAUGUCAGUCCAAAUAUACCUAUGUUGAACAUGGAUAGCUGGCCACAUAUGGCAACAUCUUCCCACAACGUCCUUUCCUCCAAUACCUCACCCCAGUCACAAUACGGGAUGUGGAUGAGUGGUCACAUGGGUAACAUUCCAACCAACCAGAGCUGUUCUGUACCAUACCUUCGAUCAAACCCGUCGUAUCCAUCACUGGGAGUAGCACCAAGUGUUCCGAAUGUAACUGUGUCAUCUUGUAGUGUUCCUAACUCUUUGACCUCUCAGUCACCUCUCUCACCAUUCGAUUCUUGUGAACUGUCUUUUUCUUCACCAAUGAGAGACUCUUUACGGAACAAUGCAUGGAGUCCUUUGACGCCGCCACCUAUGUAAAAUAUUUGGAUCAAUUUAAUAUGUGAUAUUACAAUAUUACAAGCACAAUAUCAUGUUUUAUAUGUUUUGUGAAAUGCAUGAUUUAAUACGGGCAAUUAGAUGCCAAGUUUGUUAGAUUUAUGUAUGAGAGAAUAUUGCUGAUAUAUAUGUUGUAAGAAAUGAAUGAAGUAAAUGUGAAGUUUGUUAGAGUUAUGAAUGAUAGAUUUUAGUUUGGGUUUUGAAAAUUUGAAAAUGCAUGGGAGAUUUGCGAAAAAUGAGAAAGAAUACGAGUUAAAGAAUGAUUUGAGUGUUUGGUUCACAAAAGAUGUACCUUACAACAUAGAAUAAAUUGUAAAACUGCUGUUUUGUACGCAAGUUUCAAAUACCUAUGGCCAUUGAGAAUAGCUGCAGUGGUUCUGUUAUUCUAAGAUGUACAAUGAAAGUGUACCUGUUUCUCAAUUGUCUCGAAAUUCCUAUGAAUCAGCAUGUAUAUGCUUAUCAAAAUCAAUGGUACCAUUAAAAUAUGUGUUUUACAAGCCCAAUGCCUUGUGAUACCAGAAAUCCAUUGGCAUUACCCAAAAGAACCAGAGGCGCUUAAUUUAUCCUAUUUUAUUUUAUAACUUCCAAAAUCCAACAAGAAUUUAAUAGUGACAAGUUGCUUAAGUUUAAUGUAAGGAUAUCUAGAUACAGUGCAGUGUAAUAAUCUAUGGUUAGCAGUGAUUAAAAGGAAACAAAUUAAAUGUAUGAGUGAAUUUGACAAGAAUCGUUUGAACAGGUGUUGAAAGUAAAUAGAUCAGCGAAAUCUACAGGUAGAUGUUGGCAAAAACAGUAUACACAAAUCUUGGAUCCUUUCACAAGUUUUCAAUGAACACCUAUUUAUUAAUUUCUUGUACUCGUCAGAUAGCCAGUAAAUCAGUUGAUAACGGUCAAUACCGUCUUUAUUACUGCCCAUUGCUGGCAAUACACUGUUAAGAAAGGUGAAACUUUUUAGAUAACCUAUAAUUUAUGUGAUUUCUGAAUUUAAAUUAUUUCACUAAAUCUGUAAUUCAAAAUGAGAAUCAGAUCAAAGAUUACCAGGCUUAUGCCAAUUGACUUUUUUCUAUAAACCUCCAUACAUUUUAGUGGGAGUCUGUUGGUGACAGUAGACUAUAGAGAGGUGGAACAUAAACUUUGUUUCUGUCAAAUUCUUCAUUUAAAUUUACUUUGAAAAUAUUGCACGAUCCUUAUUCUAUCUUAUAUCUUUAUUUCUAUAUAGUAAAGGCAAUGUAAGAGAUAAUCUAGUUUUCAAACAGUCGCAAAGUAUUCAAAUCAAUAUUUUCAUAAUCACAAAUAAUAAUUAAAAAAAAGAAUCAGAAAAUGUGAAAUUGGUACGGGUCAUUUCUCUUAUUCGAUCAUAAAUAUAAUGCAAAAACUAGAGCGAAAAAAAGUAAAGAUUAACACCUCGGAUUGUUCACGCGGUUUCUUGUAAUACUCCACCUACCCCGACCCACCGUGAUUUAUUUUCCAAAAAGGAGAUCACCGAAGAGUUAUGGCGUUAAUAGAAUAACGUUUCAUGUUUUCGUAUUUGUUACAUUUGAGAGUUAAGAGUGCUGUUUGUAUAUACUGAUAAAUGUAUUAUAUUGUAUAUGGUAAAAUAAAUACUGGAUAUAUAGAGUGAAUAGUGAGAGCUAUAAGGUGCUAUUACUGUUAUUGUAUACAUGUGUAAUUAUCAAUUAAGUGAAAAUGUCAUGUGUAUUUUUGAAAAAGUCAAAAAGGCAAUAAAAAUUUAAAAGCUA